AAUUGGUUGGGUUAUGAGUAAAAGCAAUUGAGCAUAUAGGAAGGAAAUACAAAUAGCGUAGUGGCAGUGGCGGCGAAGGAAGGCGAUGUAACGAAUCCUGUUCCUGUUCCUGUUCCUGUUCCUGUUCGUGCGCUCUUCUCAAUCUCGUGUUAAGUUUCUAGGCUGCGAUUGGUUUUAAACACUCGUAUUCUUCAUCAUGAACCGUGGCAAGGAAUUCCAGACAACUCAGUCUGCCCCCAAUAGAACUACCAAUCAUUGUCAGCAGCAGAAUGAGGAAGAUGUGGAUUCUCUAAAAAAUUGUAUCUCAUCAGAUUUGACAACAUUUGCAAUCUCCUCUGGAGAUGUUGCUGCUGGCUUCACAGGUGCACAUGCGUCAGAAGCUCUGUCUUGUAAUUCAUCAGUCUCAACUUCUGUUUGUGUGCAAAGCAAAACUGUCAAGGGUUCUGUAAUUCCAAAAAGUUAUCCAAAAUCUCCUGGUUUGAUGAAGCCAAGUAGCUUAAUGUCUAUACAUAGAAAUGGAAGCUUAACCAGAACGAUAUCCAAGACUGUGGCUGAUCCAGAAGACGAUAUCAAAAUUCUACACAAGGCUCCUCGUUUGCGUUCUAAUUUUACAGCAGCCACUCCUCCAAGUACAUAUCACCAAGGAGGAAAAUUUUCAUCAUUCGCCAACCCAAGAUGCCAUGUUUUCUCCCCCACAAACUACAAGCCAAAUACCUCUACUAACUAUAGACCAAAUGGGAGAGUAUCUAGUGUAAAUGAUAGAUUUUUGUUGAGUGACAAAAUCAGGAGUGGAGAAUCUGAAAUGUCAAUGGAAAUGACUCGGGGUCCUCGGGGUCGUUACAACAAUCCUCUUCUACAAUCGUCAGCUGUUAAGGAUGAGCUUGCAAUCACAAUAUGUAGAGACCAAUAUAACCUUUCAGAUUUCCAAACCGAAUACGAAACUGCUAAAUUUUAUGUGAUCAAAUCUUUCAAUGAAGAUGAUGUUCAUAAGGGUGUUAAAUAUAAUGUUUGGACAAGUACUCCAAAUGGAAAUGAGAAGUUGCACGCAGCAUUCCUUGAUGCAGAAGCUAAAUUGAAACAGACAGGCACGAUGUAUCCAGUCUUCCUCUUUUUCUCGGUUAAUGCUAGCAGACAGUUUGUUGGAGUGGCUGAGAUGCUUGGGCCGGUGGACUUUAAAAAAGACAUGAACUUUUGGAAACUUGAUAAGUACAAUGGGUUCUUCCCAAUUAAGUGGCAUAUAAUAAAAGAUGUUCCCAACAAUCGGCUUGAGCAUAUCAUCCUUCCAAACAAUGAGAACAAGCCUGUAACUUUCACCAGGGACACACAAGAGAUUGGACUGAAGGAGGGACUGCAGAUGCUGAAUAUUUUUAAAAAUUAUUCGGCUAAGACAUCUCUAUUGGAUGAUUUUGUCUUUUAUGAGAAGCGAGAGAAGUUAUUUCGUUCCCAGAGGAGUACUAAGCAUGUAAGGUCAGAACAGGAAGUAUAUGGCAAUAGCAAUGACAAUUACGAGAACACUGUCAAGGCAAGAGAGAAGAAAAUAGAGAUGCAAUCGAGUGGUACCAAGCAAGGUACUCUCGUCAACCUUACAAAAAAUCUUUCUCUCGAUUCCUCUGGAAAACAAGGCUCUAGAUAGCAAGAUUUGUAGGGGAGAAAAAGAGAGCCAGAUUAGAUAUUUAUUUCUACACAUGCAUUUUAGAAUUGCAGUUUGGUUUGUUUAGAGAUUCUGACGCAUACGGUUCCUUUUCAAAUUAUUACAUGAUUUGUGUGAUAUGUCGAUAAGACGAUCAUGACACAUUUUAAGUUCGACCAAUUAUAUUUAUAUUACUUGAUGUUUGCAAUUGGCAAACGGUCGAGGAGGUAUUUGUUAGUAUGGUACGAUCACUUCGAUGUUUCCUAUGUUUCUGUAUCAUUCAUGAGCUUUUACUAA